CUGGGGACACUGCCGCCUGCCCCUGCCCGGAGCGCCCGCUUCUCCGCGACCACCAUGUCCCAGACCAAAACACUGAAGGUCCGCGUGACGCUCUUCUGCAUCCUGGUGGGCAUCGUGCUGGCCACGGUGGCCGUGGUGAGCGACCACUGGGCCGUGCUGAGCCCCCAGGUGGAGCACCUCAGCGCCGUCUGUGAGGCAGCCCACUUCGGCCUCUGGCGGAUUUGCACCAAGAGUAUCAUCGUGAGCGACAGCAAGGACAAGAGCUGCGGACCCAUCACCCUGCCUGGGGAGAAAAACUGUUCCUACUUCAGGCACUUUAACCCAGGCGAGAGCUCGGAGAUCUUCGAAUUCACCACUCAGAAAGAGUACAGCAUCUCGGCUGCAGCCAUCUCCAUCUUCAGCCUGGUCUUCAUCAUCCUGGGGACCAUCUGCGUGCUCCUGUCCUUCAGCAGGAAGCGGGAUUACCUGCUGAGGCCGGCCUCCAUGUUCUACACCUUCGCAGGCCUCUGCAUCUUCGUCUCGGUGGAGGUCCUGCGGCAGUCGGUGAAGCGCAUGAUCGCCAGCGAGGACACCGUCUGGAUCCAGUACUACUACUCCUGGUCCUUCGCCUGCGCCUGCUCGGCCUUCGUCUUCCUCUUCCUGGGCGGCCUCGCCCUCCUCCUCUUCUCCCUGCCUCGGAUGCCCCAGAACCCCUGGGAGUCCUGCAUGGACUCCGAGCCCGAGCACUAGUCCUCCCGGGGUUCCAGCACCGCUCAGGGCGUUCCCCUCGGGGAGCCCAGCCCAGCCCAGAACAUUCUAGAAAGGAGGGGGGAGCCUUACAUCUCCCCUGCUUCCACCUGCCCCACAGCUGCUGCCCCUCUCUGAGCUCUUCUCUGGGCUGGGACAGGCUCCUCCACGCGUCCAGCAAGUGGACGCGGCCCAGACCUGCGCACCGGGAAGGAGGCAGCCCGCAGGCGCGCGGGUGUGCAAAGGCUGACCUGGCGCUGGGGCGCAAAGCCGUCCCCGCCGCGCCAGCUGCCUCUGCUCAGCUGGCUCCCGUUGCCCUCUGUUAGCCUUGUAAGGGACGCCCUGUGCUCAUCAGCAGCCCUGGGUGUCCUCCUGUGUGAAGAGCCAGCCCCUCUGUCCUCGGUGACAAGAUGCGCUCUUUUUGGCGAGCUGAAUAUCCAUCCUUGGCUUCCAGGGGGCCUGAGAAGCAUUUUUAACGGGGUAUUUUCUGACUGUGGUUUGAAAUAAAAGUUCUUUGAAAACUUG